UCAGCUUGACUUAAAAAACUCAAGCUUGAACUUGAGUCGAGUUCCAUAGUACAGGUUCGAGUUUGACUAGCUGAACUCAUUUCUGUUAAUCUGUCUCUUUUCCUUUAACAGGUCAACCUAUUAACUCGUUCAACUACGAUAAACCAUUUUUGAAUAGUCAAGCCGAACCGAGAUUAAACGAGUGGAGCCUCAAAGUAUAAAUUUAAACUCGAACUCUAAUGAUCUAUAAACUAGUUGAGAUCCAGUAGAGUUCUUUCCAGUCGAGCCAAGACUCGUUACGCAGCCCUCCAUCUGGAUAAAGCCGGCAGCCGUGCCGUGUGCUAUAAAUUCUUCCCCUAAGUUCAAUCAAUGAAUCUGCAAGCACAAGUGGCGUCUUCUUUGCCGUCUGUCUCAGGAAAAAGAAAAGAAGAGGAAGAGAGACAUGUAUUCAUCUGCCUUCCUCUUGUUCGUGAUAGUGAUCGUCAUCUCCGCCUUUGGGCUGCGCUUCCACGCCCCUUCUCGCUCGGCCGGUGGGAGGAGAACAAAUGCCAUGCUGAGAACGUAUCCCCUGGUGGGCGACCUGCCGGGGUUCAUCCGCAACCGCCACCGCUUCCUGGAGUGGUCGACGGAGGUCCUGGCAGCCAGCCCCACCCUCACGGUUGAGAUGGUCCGGCCCGUAGGCUUCCGGGGGAUAACGACGGCCGACCCGCGAAAUGUCGAGCACAUCCUCCGCAACAACUUCACUAACUACCCCAAGGGCGAAGAGUUCGCGGAAAUGCUCCGCGACUUCCUUGGCGACGGCAUCUUCAACGCCGAUGGUGAGACGUGGAAGGGCCAGCGGAAGACGGCCAGCUUCGAGUUCAAUACGCGCUCGCUCCGCAACUUCGUCAUCAACACCGUCCGCGAGGAGAUACGCGGUCGGCUCGCGCCGCUUCUAGCCAGGGCAUGUGUAGAGGGCAGGGCCCUCGACCUGCAGGACGUCCUUGAGCGCUUCGCUUUCGACAACGUCUGCCGUGUCGCCUUCGGCGAGGACCCGGCCUGCCUCAGGCAGGUCUCGCCGGAAAACUCAGCCGAAUUGCCGGCAGAAGGGAAAGUAAAUGAUGUGCCUUGUUCAAUUUCCGAGCACGCGAGUUUGAAGAAUCGAACCGACGGGAUUUCGAAAGAGGACGGGCGGGAAGACGAGGACAACUCCCAGUUUUCAUUGGAAAAUCAGAAGCCCACAGCAACCGAUGGUCACGAGGAACCAAUCACCCAACAGGAGGAAUUUCCGAAGCAAUAUUCGCGUGAAGACGGUGGAACGAUGAUGGAAAGCCAUUCAUCAGACGAUCGCCUGCUGGAGUCUAGGCCUUUCGGCCAGCUUGCGCCAGAACGGAACAGAAAGGGGGGACACUCUAAAGCAUCUCAAUCGGAGAUCCUCAGCUUCCCGACAAAUAUUUCGCGGGAAAACAGGGGUUCAAAAAUGACAUUGCUGGAGGACACGAUCUCCUGCGGAUCUCGACCGGAAUCCGUGCCUCCAGCUACACCGGUCGCAUCACUCGAAAGCAAACCAGCGCCGGAACCCACAUCCUCCGGAGGUGAACAAGACCACCACCUCCUGAACAAGGUCCUUCCAGAGAACAAGUUCGCUCGAGCAUUUGAGGACGCGGCGAUGCUGAGCGCCGGCCGCUUCCUCCACGCCUUCUCCUUCCUGUGGAAGAUAAAGCGGCACCUCAACCUUGGCUCUGAACGCCGACUCCGCGAUUCGAUCGCGCUCGUCCACGGCUUCGCGACGAAGAUAAUCCGGUCACGGAGGGUCGAGAUGUCGGUCUCCUCCUGUGUUGAUUCGCCUAGGGCAGACCUUCUCUCCCGCUUCGUCUCCGACGAGACCCUAUCGGAGUCCUACCUUAGGGACAUCGUCGUGAGCUUCAUCCUCGCCGGACGCGACACCACCUCCUCCGCCCUCACGUGGUUCUUCUGGUUGCUCUCCCGCCGACCGGACAUUGAGCGCAAGAUCCUCGGAGAACUCGCCACCGCCCGGCAUAUCCGACGUCAGAUCUCCGGCAUCCACGACGUGGAAAACGACGAGAUAUUUGGGUUUGAUGAGCUCCGGGACAUGCACUACCUGCAGGCAGCGAUCUCGGAGUCCAUGCGAUUGUACCCGCCCGUGCCGGUCGACACGAAGCACUGCCUCAGCGACGACGUGCUGCCAGACGGGAGCUCCGUCCGGAAGGGGUGGUUCGUAGCGUACAACUCGUACGCCAUGGGUCGGAUGCGGGAGAUCUGGGGCGACGACUGCCUGGAGUUCCGGCCGGAGAGGUGGCUCUCUCCGGAGGGAUUAUUCAGGCCGGAGAACCCGUUCCGGUACCCUGUCUUCCACGCCGGGCCAAGGGUCUGCCUGGGCCGCGAGAUGGCCUACAUCCAGAUGAAAUCCGUGGCCGCCUUCCUGAUCGAGCGCUACGAGGUCGAGGUUCUCCGCCGCGACGCAGGCCCUCCGCCUUAUGCCCUCUCGCUGACGCUCCGCAUGAACGGCGGCCUGCCCGUUCGCCUCCGUCCUAGGCCAGUCCUCUGCGCAUGACCUAUGGCCUAGAGAAUCAAUGGCCUAGAGAAUCAGAGAUACGUUUUCGCCUGCCUAGGCAUAUGGCCGCAGGUGUACGAAUGAAGAUAGGCACUAGGCAGCCAUUGUUCCGUACCCAACUUUUCUUAAAUAGUAUGCAUGUCAGCCCGACUGUUCUUUGCCGGAGUGGGCACAUCAAUGGUGCGGUCUGGGAAAAGUUUAUCACCAGAAACCAAAAGAGAGAAAAAAAAUAAUACAUGUAACCUGUUUAGAGCUCUUCCAUCCUUUAUUAU